GACCAACGGGAGAGUUGAUACACGGAUCUGGAAAAAAGACUGGAGAAGCACCAACCCGGAGCAGACGUGAGACUGACCCGGACCAGGGCAAAAAAAAUUGCCGGAGUCCCGGCGCAGCGGCUCUGCGGGCUCGGGUGUCCUCUGGCGGCGCCUGGAGCAGGUGAACCGUUCAUCACUUCCCGGUGCUGAGCCCUCUAGCGAUUUCGCCGGGCUCGGUUCAGCCCGGCCCGCAGCCAUGGGCCCUGGCCCGCGCCGCGUGCCCCGCGACCCUGGCUGGAUGCUCCGCGCCCUGGCCUUGAUGGUGGCGGCUAGUGGCCGGGUCGCCUUCGCUUUCAACCUGGACACCAAAUUCCUGGUGGUGAAGGAGGCGGUGAACCCUGGUAGCCUCUUCGGCUACUCCGUCGCCCUCCAUCGGCAGACUGAGCGACAGCAGCGCUACCUCCUUCUGGCCGGUGCACCCCGAGACCUCGCAGUGGAUGAUGGCUACACCAACCGGACUGGUGCUGUGUACCUGUGUCCCCUCACUGCCCUCAAGAACGAUUGUGAACGCAUGGACAUUUCAGAGAAGAGUGACCCUGACCACCACAUUAUUGAGGACAUGUGGCUUGGAGUGACUGUGGCCAGCCAAGGCCCUGCAGGUAGAGUCCUGGUCUGUGCCCAUCGGUACACCAAGGUGCUGUGGUCUGGGCUGGAAGACCAACGGCGCAUGGUGGGCAAGUGCUACGUGCGUGGCAACGACCUACAGCUCGACCCUGGUGAUGACUGGCAGACAUACCACAACGAGAUGUGUAACAGCAACACUGACUACUUGCAGACCGGCAUGUGCCAGCUGGGCACCAGCGGCGGCUUCACCCAGAACACUGUAUACUUUGGCGCCCCUGGUGCCUACAACUGGAAAGGAAACAGCUACAUGAUUCAGCGGAAAGACUGGGAUUUAUCUGAAUACAGCUACAGGGGCUCAGAGGACCAGGGAAACCUCUAUAUUGGGUACACGAUGCAGGUAGGCAGUGCCAUCCUACAUCCCUCGGAGAUCACUCUUGUGACGGGUGCCCCACGGCACCAACAUAUGGGCGCUGUCUUCUUGCUGAAACAAGAGUCGGGUGGAGACCUGCAGAGGAGGCAGGUGCUGAAGGGCACGCAGGUGGGCGCUUAUUUUGGCAGUGCCAUUGCCCUGGCAGACCUGAACAAUGAUGGGUGGCAGGACCUCCUGGUGGGUGCUCCCUACUACUUCGAACGGAAAGAGGAGGUAGGGGGUGCCGUCUAUGUCUUCAUGAACCAGGCGGGCACGUCCUUCCCUGAUCAGCCUUCCCUCCUGCUCCAUGGCCCCAGUCGCUCUGCCUUUGGCAUCUCUGUAGCCAGCAUUGGUGACAUCAACCAGGAUGGAUUCCAGGACAUUGCUGUGGGAGCUCCAUUUGAGGGCUUGGGCAAAGUAUACAUCUACCACAGCAGCUCCGGGGGGCUCCUCAAGCAGCCUCAGCAGAUAAUCCACGGAGAGACACUAGGACUGCCUGGCUUGGCUACCUUCGGCUACUCUCUGAGUGGGAAGAUGGAUGUGGAUGAAAACUUAUACCCAGACCUGCUAGUUGGGAGCCUGUCGGACCACAUCGUGCUGCUGCGGGCCCGACCUGUCAUCAAUAUCCUCCACAGGACCUUGGUGGCCAGGCCAGCUGUGUUGGACCCCUCACUUUGUACAGUUACUUCCUGUGUUCAGGUGGAGCUGUGCUUUGCUUACAACCAGAGUGCCGGGAACCCCAACUACAGGCGGAACAUCACCCUGGCUUACACAGUGGAGGCUGACAGGGACCGACGCCCACCCAGGCUCCGAUUCGCCCGUAGCCAGUCGUCGGUCUUCCAUGGCUUCUUCUCCAUGCCAGAGACACAUUGCCAGACAUUGGAGUUACUGCUGAUGGACAAUGUUCGUGAUAAACUCCGUCCUAUCGUCAUCACCAUGAACUACUCCUUACCUUUGCGCAUGCCCGAUCGCCUCAAGCUGGGCUUGCGGUCCCUGGAUGCCUACCCGGUCCUCAACCAGGCACAGGCUAUGGAGAAUCACACCGAGGUCCACUUCCAGAAAGAGUGCGGGCCAGACAACAAGUGCGACAGCAACCUGCAGAUGCGAGCCGCCUUCGUGUCUGAGCAGCUGCAGCCUCUAAGCAGGCUCCAGUACAGCAGAGACAAUAAGAAACUGUUCUUGAGCAUCAAUGUGACCAAUUUGCCGAGCCGCCAACGGGCUGGGGAAGAUGCCCAUGAGGCACUGCUCACUCUAGAGGUGUCAUCCGCUCUGCUUCUGUCCUCGGUGCGCCCGUCUGGAACCUGCCAAGCUAACCAGACCAUCACCGUGUGUGAGCUAGGAAACCCCUUCAAACGGAACCAGAGGAUGGAGCUGCUCAUCGCCUUUGAGGCCAGCGGGGUAACUAUGCACACGAGGGACCUUAGGGCACAUCUACAGCUGUCCACGUCAAGUCACCAGGACAACUUGCAGCCCAUGUCCCUGACUUUGCAGGUGGACUACACCCUCCAGGCCUCGCUCAGUUUGAUGAAUCAUCGACUACAGAGCUUCUUUAGUGGGACAGUGAUGGGCGAGGCUGCCAUGAAGACUGUGGAGGAUGUGGGAAGCCCCCUGAAAUAUGAAUUCCAGGUGAGCCCAGUGGGAGACGGGCUGGCAGCCUUGGGCACACUGGUUCUAGGUCUGGAGUGGCCGUAUGAAGUUACCAAUGGCAAGUGGCUGCUGUACCCUACGGAGAUCACCAUCCACAGCAAUGGGUCCUGGCCCUGCCAGCCACAUGGAAACCUUGUCAACCCUCUCAACCUUAUUCUUUCUGACUCUGGAGUCAAGCCACUGUCCCCACAGCGCCGGCGGAGACAACUGGAUCCAGGGGGAGACCAGGGUCCUCCACCUGUCACGCUAGCUGCUGCCAAAAAAGCCAAGUCUGAGACUGUGUUGACCUGUUCCAAUGGCCGCGCCCGCUGUGUGUGGCUGGAAUGCCCCCUUCCAGAUGCCUCCAACAUUACCAAUGUGACCGUGAAGGCACGGGUGUGGAACAGCACCUUCAUUGAGGACUACAAAGACUUCGACAGAGUCCGAGUAGAUGGCUGGGCUACCCUGUUCCUGAGAACCAGUAUCCCUACCAUCAACAUGGAGAACAAGACCACAUGGUUCUCCGUGGACAUCGACUCUGAGCUGGUGGAGGAGCUGCCCGCUGAGAUCGAGCUGUGGUUGGUGCUUGUGGCCGUGGGUGCUGGGUUGCUGCUACUGGGCCUCAUCAUCAUCCUGCUGUGGAAGUGUGACUUCUUUAAGCCGACCCGCUACUACCGGAUUAUGCCCAAGUACCACGCAGUGCGUAUCCGGGAGGAAGACCGCUACCCACCUCCAGGGAGCACACUACCCACCAAGAAGCACUGGGUCACUAGCUGGCAGAUUCGGGACCGAUACUACUGAUUGCCCUCCCCAACAAACCACCCAGCACCCCCUUCCUUCCUAUUUAUCAUAAAUUAUGACUCCGACAGUCCAAAAGGGGCCACGCGUGUGGCUGGCACUGGCAGGCUCAGGCAUCUAUCCCCCUCUUCAGUGCAGGCAUGUUUUCUGGGGUCCUGGAAUCUCCUUCAAGACCUUGAAAUGCUGAGCACAGCACGGCCCGGCAUACUGGCCACACACAGAACUGCUAGUGGCCUGUUCUGAUACACCGUGGUGGGUGCCAUGUCCAAGUCUCUGUGCCAAAACCAAGCCAAAGCGCCUCCACCGGGAGACAGGAGGAAAAGGUCCCUGAUGUGGUAACACCUCUCCUCCACACUGGAUCCCCCUUGAGCCACUGUCACUGGACGGAGUUUACUGUCCAGAAUAAAACUACUGACAAGGAGGAGACAGUCAGGCCCAGCCGCAAUUCCUGACAGGCACUGGAGCACAGGGCCACACUAAAGGCUACCCAGGGGAUGUUCUUAUGACCUGUGUGCUCAGACCCAAGAGCAGUGAACUAGAAAACAGGUCCCCGGAAUGGGCUUUAUGAGUGGAUCUCUAAAAUUGUGGCUACAGAGAGAGUUGGCAAGAAAUGCAGCCCCAAGGGACAAAGAGAAACCGUGGGCAGCCUGAACACACUGUGCUGGGACUGACCUGGAGCAUGGUGACAUCCUUCAGAGAGUGGAGUCCUGGCACAGCCGACACUAGUAGGACGAAGAGGAGAGACUUCUGACCCAUCCUGACCACCUCAGCCUGGGCAAGGCCUGGAGUUCCCCACAAGGCCAUGUGGGGUGUGAUACUUGAAUGUAGGGCAGAGGGGGGCCCAGCCCCUGCCCCAGUUGGCCAGACUUGACUCUGCUCCCUUGACCACAGAGAUAUAUUCUGAGCUGCCUGUGGCUUUCUGAGAAACCUGGCCCUCCCCCUCCCCGUCCCCUAGGAGCUGCAUCCCCAUUCCAGCAGUGGAGGCCGAUCUCUCAGGUCCUCUCCCCAUCCCUGCCUACAGGCAGGCCCACUCCCCAGCUCUGUCCCCUCCACCCCACGGUACUAUAACAGCUUCCUCCAUCCUGUGCCUUCUUUGUAUAUGGGCAUCUCACUAAAAUAAAUAAACAGUCCCCAGUUUGUA